GGUUGUUGGGCGUCGGAAAACAAGAGGGUCACCAACACGCCCGGGACACCGAGCAAAGCGGAUUAAAGCCCAGCAGAGAUGGCGGGGGAGGCUGAGGACGAGAUACCAGAAUCAGGAGCAGUUUUUACAUUUGGAAAGAGUAAAUUUGCUGACAAUGUCCCCAGUAAAUUCUGGCUUAAAAACGACGUCCCACUCAAAAUCGCCUGUGGGGAUGAACAUACCGCCUUAAUAACAGAAAAUGGGAAACUCUUUAUGUUCGGCAGCAACAACUGGGGCCAACUCGGUCUGGGAUCCAAACUGACUGUGAACAAGCCGACGUGUGUCAAAGCUCUGAAGUUUGAGAAAGUUCAGCUUGUGGCCUGUGGAAGAAACCACACUCUCAUCUGCACCGCUCAGGGAAAAGUGUACACCUCAGGUGGGAACAGCGAGGGUCAGCUGGGGCUCGGCCACUGCGAGGAGAGGGCGGCGUUUCAGCGUGUCGAUUUCCUGGAUUCACACGGACCAUUCAAAAUGCUCGCUGCUGGGUCAAACACCUCCGCUGCUCUCACAGAAAGUGGUAAACUCUUCAUGUGGGGUGACAACACUGAGGGUCAGAUCGGUUUGGGGAAGGAGAGUCACGCCACCUCACCACAGGAAGUCAGCGUGGGACAACCGAUCAGCUGGGUGUCCUGCGGAUACUACCACUCUGCCUUAGUGACGGUUGACGGAGACCUCUACACGUUUGGAGAGCGUGACAGCGGCAAACUGGGUCUGGGCACCGGCCAGUUGCAGAGACACCGAGUCCCUCAGGUGGUGAAGAGCAUCAAGGAGCCGGUGACACAGGUGGCCUGUGGGGGUGGACACACUGUGGCAUUAACAGAGGACGACGUGUACACGUUCGGCCUCGGUCAGUUUGGACAGCUCGGUCACGGCACGUUUACAUUCGAGUGCCGGCUGCCGAGUCCGGUGGAACACUUCAGGAAGGUACGGGUCUGUCAGGUGGCCUGCGGGGAGAAUCACACUGCACUCGUCACUGAUGGGGGUUUGCUCUACACAUUCGGAGAUGGCAGACAUGGUAAACUGGGCCUCGGAGAAGAGAACUUUACCAACCAGUUCAAACCAACUCUGUGUCCACGCUUCCUCAAGUACAAUGUUCAGGCAGCUGUGUGCGGAGGCUGUCACAUGGUGGUGUUGGCUCAGCCGAGGAAUCAGAGCUGCAGCGAAGUGACUCUGGAGGAGGACGACGUGACGGAGGAUUACCUGGAGAGGCCGUACGUGGAGCUGCUGGGGGACACGGGCGACUCUUCCAUCCUGCAGAGGAGCCUCUCUGCUCGGGUUCGCCGGAGGGAGCGGGAGAGAUCUCCAGAGCAGUUUGGUACCAUGUUCCGCAACCUUCCCACCAUGAAACCCCCCAGCCACACCAUCCCGCCCAGACUGCCUCCACCUGAGCUGACCCACAGAAAGGUGCUCAACGGCACUUACAGACACGGGAGCGCAGGGUCAAACCACCAGGCGCAGACAGGGGGCGAUACAGACAGCCUUGUGGAGAGCGUGACCGACAACGACAGUGUUAAAGGUCUGGGAGAAACCACAGACUUCCUCAACAUGACGCACGUGAUGAAGAUGGACCCCAGUGAUAAAACACUCACUCUGUCUCCAGUCCAGAAGGACUUGACGAAACCAUUUAAAACGUGGAGCAAAGGUGAGGAGGAGGAAAAAGAGGCAGACGAGGGGAAUGUUGAAGAUGAAGAGGUAGAAGAGGAAGAGGAGAACGAUACGUCGGCCGAGACAGAAGAGCCGUCCUCGCAAAGUUUGGAAGAUCUGACGGAGAAAUCAGCAGAGGAGACUCAGAGUCCCAAAUCGGACAAGCUCAAAGAAGAAUCUGUGCCUGAUGGAGAGCAGAAAGCAGCUCAUAUCACCGAGGAGCCUGAAACCACUGGUGAAGAGCAGACAGGCGACAGCACCAGACCAGCCAAUGGGACAGCAGACGGCAACUCAAAGAGCCAAUCAGGCUCCAACAAGAAGCUCUCCAUCUUCAGACGCCUGUCCUUCUCCAGAUCGAAGCAGGACCAAACCCCAGCAGAGGGCACUGUCAGCGGGGACACUGCAGAGCCUCCGUCCCCCGCCACCGCCGGGAGCAGCAACCCCGGAAUAAACAGAAGUGGAGCACAGCAGAAAUCUCCGUCCUCUGGCUCCAGAGGGCCUCGCUCUGGUGCCUGCACAGUACUGUGAUCCCUGGAUCUAAACUCCCAGGCGGCCGCAAUUAUCUUGUCAGACCAAAGUGCGAGAGGUUCGUGAGCAGCAGUGAACAAAGGAUUCAUAAGACACAGUGGGUGGUGCAUAGUAUCAUCCAGCUCCCCCGGGGGUGUUCGAACUCUGCUGGGACGUGUGGAUGUGAAUACACUCAGUACGUCAGCCGGAAACAGUGGAGCCACACCACAGAUUCCCAAAAAUAAGAAGCUGCUGUCAGAGUCUCCGUUUGUCAGGAAGUUUGAGAUUCAAGAGCAAAUUUUAAGCCCUCUGAAAAAUCGUAUUUUUUUAAAAUCUCUAACUUGGCUGCAGUGAUUGUAGAUGUGUUCUCCAGAGUGUUGUUACCCUGUGACACCACUGUGAGGCGCUGGAUUCACAGAAGUAACAGUGGACGACUACUGAUACAGCAAAAUCAAUGAUGCAAACCUCAGGGCUGCGACUAUUGAUGAUGUACAUGAUUAAUUGAUUUGCUCAUUAACAUUCUGUCGAUUGGUCUAUUAAAUCUAUUAAAUAACCAAUAGUUUAAGCUCUAUAAAGUUUAGUUUCAUUGUAACUGCUGUGAAUCCAAGUAACUUUCUUCAUACUCCAUACAUGAAGCAUGAAGUCAAAUCUAAACCGUCGUCUACACAAAAACAAAAACUGUCAGGUUUAGAUGUGAUUAGAUUUGUGCUUGUAUUAGCAACCACCAGCACGCCCAUCUCUACAAGUGCAGCUUUAAAACCACUAAACUUUUAACCACUGUCUGUUCACAAGUGACCUACAGCUGAGCCUCCUCCACCAGUACGACCAGUACCACCACACUGCUGCUGGGAGGAGCUUAGCUUUCAGUUUUCUUCAUUUGCUCUUGUGUGGUAAGUUUCCUACGCAGCAGCUGAACCUCAAACUGUGUCUCUGAGUUUUAAACUGUGAGGAUGUAAGUAUUGUUAUUUAUUGCGAAAUGGUCGUGGAGCACAUUUGCACUUUUGACGUGACGCAUUUUCAAGAGUUUUAUAUUCUGAUGUGAUGAUCUCAUUUACCAUUUGGGGAUUUUUGUGAUAUCAGUAAAGCAUUUUCAUAUAAAGCU